AUGAAUUUGGUGACAAAAAUCGGCCAGGCGACGUCAUGGAGCUUCUACAUGUGUUUUCAUGGUCCCAAUGGGUUGGUUAUGUUCUAUUUUUCUAUUUUUUUGAUUUUUUAAAUUUUUUUUAUCAGGAAAAAAUCGUGCAAAACAUUUUUUUAUAAUAAUAGUCCUCACGGAAAUUUGAACUAGCUUCUCCCAGAUCUCAGCCAAGACUCUCAGCCACUAGACUAUACCUCCUUUUCUCAAAAAAGCUCAAUUUUCUUUCAAAAUGAACUAAUUGCCAGCCGGCGGACCCAGGGUCUCAAUGGCCCUGAGCGCCUGCAGCCCUCGUGUCCGUUGUGGUCUAGUGGUUAGGAUUUACGGCUCUCACCCGUAAGGCCCGGGUUCGAUUCCCGGCAACGGAAGACACUUUUUUGCUUGUCAUCUUCCCACUGAACCUGAUUGUAUAGAAUUAUUUUUGCACUUAAAAAGACGGGAAAAUGAUUCUUAGGUGUAAUUUAAUACAUAGAUGUUCGUUUUAUUUAAUUAUGGGUCUGAACAAUGUUGUUUGCUCCAAUUUUGUCUGGAUAAAACAGAGUAUGGCUCUUUUUUACCCUCAAAUGUGCUCCACUGACGAAUUUUCUGCAGUUGCCUUGUCCCAAGUCGACCAACGGAGGGUGAAACCGACAUUUCUCUACAAUCUGAAGAGCUCGAGGUGAAACUGAACACCUUGGCAAAGUGAAAAUUCAUUUUGAAGUUAAGAAACCGAAAAAAGUUUCAGGGAAAGAAGUCUAGAAAUCGAAAGUUACUUGACGGAUGAGAAAAAAACAGCGCAAGGAUUGAUCAAAAUUUUGUUGUUGGGUAAAAAAUAAAUUUUUCUAGCUUUACAAGAUGAUUUUUCAGGCGGACCAUCUUGUGGAAAAAGCACGGUUUUUAAACAAAUGCAGUGGGUUUUUUUUCAGACAAAGAGCAGCCUUUUUUUCUGAGCAAGCGCGCUCUAUCGAUAAAUAUUCAUUUUGAGUGGGAUAAUAGUUGAAAAUUGCAUUGAAAAGCUGGAAGGAGAAAUAAUAGAAAAAAAACAACUUUUUUUAAAAUUUGAAUUUUUCCGAUAAUUCUAAAGGUCAAAAUCAUUUUUUUAUAGCCUUUGAGAAAGCGCGCUCUAGUGAUAAAUAUUCAUUUUGAGAGGGAUAAUUGUUAAAAAUUGAGUCGAAAAGCUGGACAAAGGAGUAUUAGCAUUGUGAAACGGUUUAUUUUCCUUAAAACCCGAAUUUUUUCAAAUUUGAAUGCUCUACAAUGAUUUUAUAGGCCAACAUCAAUUUUUGAUAGCCUUUGAGAAAGCGCGCUCUAUUGAUAAAUAUCAAAAAAUGUUUCAGAAUAAUCCAUAAAGACGGCUUCAAACGGCCGGACCAACUGGAAUACUUCCGAGAGCUCAUCAAUCGGAAUAUUCGCGACAUUUUUCUACAAUUAUUGGCUGGAGCUAAUAUUUUGAAUAUUUCAAUCACUUCUAUUCAGGUCUUUUUUGCAAUAAGUCUCUCGAUAUUCGAUUUUCUGGGCCUCAGAUUAAUUAAAAAUGAUCAAUUUUUAUUUUUCCAUAUUCAGAAGCUCGUAGACUCCAUCGAAGCAUCGUAUCACCCGAUCGGAACUGACGAAAUCAAAGCGAUGACAAGGAAUCGGGCGGAAUUACUCAGCAAAUUCUGGCUCAGCGAACAAAUUCAGAAGGUUCCAACUUUUUUUUUCAACUUUGUGUAGCGUUUUUUACGACUAAAAGUGUGCUCUAACGAACUUAAACUGAAAGUUUUCAGGUAUUUAGCCAACGCUACGCCUUCCCAUUGAUGGAUUCAACACGAUAGUGAGUUCAAGACCAAAAAAGGAAUAAGCCUCUACUUGAGAACUCCAGAGUGGUCCCUAUAGGGGCAACCGUACUGGGAAAAGUUUUCAGUGCUCGGACAUUGGUAACGCGAAACGGACGUGCUCCGGACGUUUCUGCGCGAUUCUAGGGAUCACUUAAGAGUUCUGAGGCUACUAAACUGGUCACUAGAAAUGCCCCGACACGUCCGAUUCGCGUCCCGUUCGCGUUACCAAGGUCCGAGUGGCCACUAUAGAAGCUCGCCAAUAUACUUUUAUUACCUGACCCCGAUUCGUCUACGUUUCAACAUUGGCAUUUAUUCAGAUUUCAGUGUGUUUUGUUCAGUAAUUUCGCACUAGGAAAAGAUUGAAUGAACUUUUGUCGGUUUGCGAAACUGUAGUUAAUCUUCCACCAAAAACGGCCGUAUGUCAUCCUCAGUCGUCCUUUGUCCAAAGAAAAAAUGAGCUCAUGAAAAUUUUCGACUUUUCAAUGUCCCUAUUUUUUUCAAAGUCGAGCCUAGCCGCAGUUAGAAGCCUACCAGAAAACUAUCAGAUUUUCCCCAGAAUUUCUAUAACUUUACAAAGAUAAAAAUCCGUGAAAAAUCAAAACCAGGAAAUUUAUUUAUUUUUUUCCUUUUUUGCAAUUCCUCAAGGUUACAAGAUAAGUUUUGCCACGAAAAAGUUCACAAGUUUCCAUUUCACCACCAAAAAACCUAUCCAAAUUACCGUAAUACGACCGGCCGUCUCAAAAAAGCGUGAAAAGUGAACCGUACUGGGAAAAUUUUUAGUGGCCACUAUAGAGGCUCGCCAAGGACUACUUGGAGAGAACACUAAAGUGGCCACUAAACCCACCUCUAUAGUGGCCACUAUUUUCCUUCUUAGUGGCCACUAUAGAGGUUCUCUAUUUAGUGGCCCAUUCAGUGGUUUCUCAUCCAGUAAUCCUUCCAGUACUCUGAUAAUUUUGAAACAAACGAAUUAGACCAGUUAUGUUGAUCAAUUGACCCCUAAAGUGGCCACUAAAAUUUUUAGUGAUCUAUUAGAAGCACUUAGACCUCUAUAGUGGCAGCUAACUUUUAGCCACUACUACUAUAGUGUCCACUAAAAAUUUUCCCAGUACGGACCACUUUUUCUAUCCCUAGGAAUUCACUAAAGCUUGCAAAAGUGGCCCCUUCAGGGGACAUGCUAGUAGAUAUGAACUCAAGAAAAAUUUCUAUAAGGAAAAACUGAAUAAACAAGCGUUUUUUGAAAGAAAUUGAAAGACCACUAUAGGGACCCCUUAGGCUUUGUGGCUAAGGGGUCAGACGCUAAACCCUAUAGGGACCACCUUAAUUUUACCCCUAUAAACGUUUUCGACCCCUUUAGGGAUUAACCCCUACGGGGACUACUCUAAAAUCCCUAAGUAGCCCAAGUACGGUCAAUUUUUCAGCUUCUUGGAAAAUAUCCAACGAAUCGGCGAGAAGGACUACGUUCCGUGUGAAGAAGACAUUGUUCAUUCGCGUCAUCCAACUUUUUCCAUCACUUCAACCAAUUUCAUCUACAAUGGCUUGAAAAUGAGGUCCAUUCAUAUUCAUGCAAAAAAAAUUUUUCUCACAGAGUUUCAGGCAAUUUUUAAAAUAUUUGAAAUCAGCGUGAAAAACUGCACCUAAUGCACGUCAUUAAUAUUUUUGUCGCGCGCGAUGUCAUGAGCGAUGUCGCGAGCAAUGUCGCGCGCGAUGUCGCACACAAUGUCGCGUGCGAUGCCGCAUCGUUUUUCAAACUUUUCAGAACGCUCUCCGCACGCUUUUCAAAAGCUUGAACUGCAUUUUUUCAAAAAGACAAUAGUUGAGAAGUUCCUGACCGACUUCUGAAUGGAACCAGGCUCACUAGACGUAAUUUUUCACGCGGAUUUUAAAUAUGGUCUCAAAAACGCCUACUUCGAGUGACACUCAGAAGACUUAAUUUUUUAAAAAUGGCAAAAAAAGUUUGUUAAGAUUAGUCGAUGUCGGUGGGCAAAAAUCGCAACGCCGAAAAUGGCUCCAUUUGUUCGAUGACGUCAGAGUUGUGCUUUUCGUGGUCGAUCUGACGGGUUACGCGAAAAGAGACGAAGAAGAUAGAAAGGUUCAUUUUUGCUAAAGUUCACUAAAUAGGCAAAGUCUGAAGAACCCUUUGAGCGUCUGUUAUGGAUUAAAAGAUUUCCAUUAAUUAUUCCGAAACGGGUACCCCUUUUUUAACCUUUUUUCUAUCCUUUUUAAGCCCAUCCAGAAAAAAAAGGCUCUAUGAAGGCCUCAAAACGAAACCCUUUGAGCGGCCUUUUUGCACCCUUUUUUCACCCGUUUUUGAACCUUUUUUGCCCACCAAGAAAAAAAAAGGCUCAACAAAGGCCGCAAAACGAAACCCUUUGAGCGGCCUUUUUGCACCCCUUUUCCGCAUUUCCGUGCUAUUUUGAUUCUCAUCUUUAAAAUCCUCUAAUCCCAAAUUUCUAUCCAAAAGGCUUUACAAACCCGAUUAUUCACGACUUUCGCCAACUCAUAUAUUUUCCAGGAAAACCACAUGACCUCGACGAUGAAGAUUUUCAAAGAAAUCGCCACGAACAAAGUCCUCCGACCCGCCGUUUUGGUCCUUUUCUUGAAUAAAGUCGAUCUCUAUGAAGAGUUGCUGACGAGUGUCCGCUUUAGUGAUAAAUUUCCAGACUAUAAAGGUACUUUCAUUCUUUAAAUAUGAAGAAUAAGGAAAAUUUUAGGACCUAACAACGUGGAAGGGACAUCGACCUACAUAAAGGAUAAAUUUGUUCAAGCCGCAAAACCGAGGAAAUCCGUCAUUCCCCACUUCACAACAGCAACCAACACGGAAAACAUAAAGGUAGUCUUUUCCUCAUAAAUAUAUUAGUUAAUAAUUUUCCAGGUCGUUUUCCGGGGCUGUAUGGAAAGCGUCUUCAAGGCCAACUCGAGAGCAACCGGAUUAACAUGA